GAGCACAGUGCAUCCAAAGAGAGCAGUGUGCACUGCCUCUCUCUCUCUCUCUCUCUCUUCCUCUCAUUCUCUGUUUCUCUCGCUUUGCCUGCAAAGCUGAAACCUACCUGACAAUCUCUCCUUUUGAAUCCAGCUCUGGAACCAAAUGCAUCAUUUACUGCUCUGAAAAAGUGAAUAGAGUUUGAUUACCUCCAGGUACAAGCUUGUUUGCUUCAAAAGAAGAACCCAGGAAUCCUUGUUUAUCAAUCUACCUGAGAAGCUUUUGCUUUUGUGCCCGAAACUUGACAGUUUCAGGAGGGAGUUUUUGGUUUGUUUUUAAUUCGAAUGUUGAAGUUUCAUAUCGAUGUUUUAAAUGCAACCUAAUUUUUAAAAAUGGGUUGAGUCGGAUCUCACAGAGAAGUGCCUAUUUUCUGCAAGAUGGAUGGGGUAUCAUCUGUCUACAGGGCAGCUUGGUAGGAGAAAAUGGGAUCUUAUUUGCAUACUUUAUUUUGAGAAUAUUUACAGAUUCAUUGAAAGAAAAAAUAAAUAUUGAGCAAGGACAAUGUCUGUUCUUCCCAGUAAUUUAUCAACAAAUGACUCUAUCCUGUGGCAAGAAAAUCACAAUUCAACGGACCUUUUUAAUCCUCCAGCAACUUUGAAUACUUAUCUUUUUUGCUUGACAGGCUUAAUGAUUUUUGCAGCCCUGGCAGGCAGCAUUUUUUCACUAGUUUCCCUGCUGAGAAUGCGGAACCGAACUGUUGUAUCCCUGCUUGUGGCUUCCUGGUCUGGGGAUGAUCUCAUGAGCGUCCUGUCUGUGACUAUCUUCAUGCUUUUGCAGUGGUCAGACCAGGUCCAUGUCUACUUUCAGUCCCUGUGCUCCACUUCUGCCUUACUAUAUUUAUGCCAGGGCCUCUCGAGUAACUUGAAGGCGACUCUCGUAGUCUCAUACAACUUUUACACGAUGCACAGGGUUGUGGGAAGCCGGACAGCCUCCAGAAGAUCCGGCCAGGUACUCUCCGCAGCGCUCACCGUGUGGGCUGCUUGUCUGCUUCUGUCUGCGCUCCCGCUUUGUGGCUGGGGGACCUUCGUGCGCAAGCCCUGGGGCUGCCUGGUCGACUGCUCCAGCUCCUACGUGCUUCUCCUCUUUGCCGUGUACACUUCAGCCUUCGGAAUCCUUGCCGGUCUCUCAGUCCCGCUUAUUCACCAGUUGCUAUGUUCCGAGGAGCCGAGACUCCACACCAACUACCAGGAAAUUUCUCGCGGAGCUUCCACUCCCGGAACACCUUCAACUGCGGGGAGAGGGCUUUCCCUGUCUCCAGGUGAUGCUCCGAGCUCCGCCCCGCGGUGCUCUGUGAGAUGCUCCCCGAGCUCGGACCCAGGGUUUGGACCUAUACUGCCCGCUUUAGCCGAGCGAGAGACAGGGAGUGGCGCUGUUGUUGCAGCCUGCGGGCGUGAGAACCCAAGGACCCUCUUUGGUACCAGAAGCCUUGCAGCGAGUCUAGCACAGAAGCGCUUCUCCUUCAUCCUAGCGCUGACAAAAGUCAUCCUUUGGCUGCCCAUGAUGAUCCACAUGUUAGUACAGCACAUGGUGGGACUUCAGAGUCUUCCCUUCGAGACAUUCAGCUUUCUACUAACCCUGCUGGCCACGACUGUAACCCCGGUAUUUGUUUUGUCCAAACACUGGACCCACUUGCCCUGUGGCUGCAUCAUCAACUGCAAGCAGAACGCCUACACAGUGGCAUCUGAUGGGGAAAAACCCAAGAGGAGAGGCUUUGAAUUCAACCUAUCAUUCCAAAAAAGUUAUGGAAUUUAUAAAAUUAAACAUGAAGAUUAUUUCAAUGAUGAUGAGAAUUCUACACCCUAUCAUGAUCUCAUGAACUAUGAGUGCAAGAUGACAAAAAAAACUCAGAGUGAAACUUGUAAUAUCUUCAAUACCAUUAAAGUGGAAAUCAGCACCACACCUUCUCUGGACAGCUCCACAUUAAAAGGCAUCAACAAAUGCACAAAUACUGAUAUUACAGGAGCUAAACAGGAUUUCCACUUUGAAAAGGGUGUUGAUCCAUUGCUUUCUGAAAAUACAGGCAGUGAUAUUAACUAUGAAGAAACCACCUUUUUGGAAGGACCAGAAAGAAGACUUUCACAUGAGGCAAAUCAGAAACCAGACAUGUCAGACUGGGAGUGGUGUAGGAGUAAAUCAGAAAGAACCCCCCGUCAGCGUUCUGGUGGAGGCCUUGCCAUUCCCUUGUGUGCAUUCCAGGGGACAGUAUCUCUCCACGCACCUACAGGGAAAACCCUCUCUCUCUCUACCUAUGAAGUAAGUGCAGAAGGGCAAAAAAUAACCCCUGCCUCUAAGAAAAUAGAAGUCUAUCGAUCUAAAAGUGUUGGCCAUGAACCAAACUCAGAGGACUCUCCCUCCACAUUUGCAGACACAAAUGUGAAAAUACACUUGGAAGUUCUUGAAAUCUGUGACAAUGAAGAGGCCUUGGACACUGUGUCAAUCAUUAGCAAUAUCAGCCAAUCCUCCACGCAGGUCAGAUCUCCAUCCCUACGCUACUCAAGGAAGGAAAACAGAUUUGUUUCAUGUGAUUUAGGGGAAACAGCCUCAUACUCUCUCUUUUUACCCACGAGUAAUCCUGAUGGUGAUAUCAAUAUCUCCAUCCCAGACACAGUUGAAGCACACAGGCAGAACAGUAAAAGGCAGUAUGAAGAGAGAGAUGGCUACCAGGAGGAAAUCCAAUUAUUAAAUAAAGCUUACAGGAAAAGAGAGGAAGAAAACAAGGGUAACUAUUAAUUACUUAAGUAAUCUAAUAAGGCAAGAAUGGCUCUAAUGACAAACUGAUAACACCUUUGUUCUGAGGCUAUUUGAUUUUCUUUUUAUUAGUUGGUUUACAUAAACUUUACAGAUUUGCUAGUUUAUUAUGGUUAGUGCUAACUUUUAGUGCUAACAGCUGGGACUAGUGCAACACUUAAGUGCUUCUGAUGUGUUACUACAGAUUACACACUGUGAUAACUAAAAGAUAUUCCUACUCGAUUUCUAAAAAUUUUUUCUAAGUGAAUCUUGGCUUACUUUACAAAUGUUUUGUCUAUGUUUAUCAACCACCAAGUAAACAGAAAAUUGCAUAAAUUCAAUGACUAUACUAUUCACAUACACUUUUUCAUACAUUUUGGCAUUUACUGCAAAAGGAAAAAAGACAUUUUGUGAAUGAAGGAAAUAUAACAAAAUCCCAAGUUGUAUUUGAAGAGUUUUGCCUACAUGGGGCCAGCAAAAGCAGCUUAUUACAAUUACCGCUUUAAUUUUAUACUUAUAUCUAGGAAAUACAUUUUUGUGUCAAAUGAAAAAUUAACCUCCAACUUCAAAACAAGCAUGUCCCUAGACUGUAAAUAGGUGUUCCCUUAAUUUCUAUUAAAUUGUUUAUUGAAUGCCUUUUUUUCUCUCUUAACUGUGUUUUCUCUUUCAUCUUCUCUUCAGUAUGUUGGACUGCCUUUAAAACAAAUACGUUUUAUGUUACAAGUGAAAUUUGAAGUAGUCCUUAAUUCAAGCAUUACUAGAAAAGAUUGUAAAUGUCUAUGUCAACAUUUCUAGAACUGCAUUUAUUUGAAUGUAAAUUGGGGAAAACACUGCCAGAUAAGUUUUAUGAGAUGCAUACAACUCAUAAAGGAACAUUUGGGUAAAGGAGAGGAAAAUCCUCUUAAGUUCAAACCUAAAUUUUGUUCUUAAAGUUGCAGAUUUUGUAAAUUUUCUUAGUCAUUCUUGAAGCACAGAGUAGUUCAAAUAUUAUUCCAAGUUUAGGUGCUUCUUGGUCUUUUUCCCAAAGACAUAAGUAUCUCAAGCAAAGAAAUAACUCAAUGUAUUUAUUAAAUGAUUAUUAGCUAUACAUUUCAAGAUUAAUUUUAAAUGUGUUACAUUACAAA